AGGAAAUAUCGAUAUGGCGGAUCGUACACAGGACUGAUCGAACCGCAAAAAUUCCAUGGAAUGAGUGAUUUGUUUGUGCAUGUCUUUUAACACAAGUCGAUUUUUGUGCUCCUUAACAUCCAGAAUGUCACGGAUCUUUGCGAUUUCAGAUAUUCAUGUUGAUAUACCAGAAAAUCUACGUUUGGUUGAAAGUUGGUCCGCCAAUGAUUACCUGAAUGACGUGCUUAUUGUGGCUGGAGACGUCACUGAUAACUUGUCUCUACUAAAAACAGUUCUAACGACUCUCGCACAGAAGUUUCUGAAGGUCUGCUACGUACCAGGAAAUCACGAACUUUGGAUUCGUCAAGUAGAGAAUGCUUACUGCCAUGAACAUUCCAUUGCCAAAUUCCAUGCCAUAUUGGCUCUCUGUGAUUCGAUUGAUGAUGUUUAUAUAAGACCCAUAAAGGUUCAAUGCUGUGACAAUACUGCAGCCUGGGUUGUGCCAGUCUUUUCUUGGUAUGCCAAACCUGAAGACGAUCUUCAGAACUCAUUAUUCGUGGGGAGAGACUCUGAAGAUGCGGAAUUGUCCAACAAGAUAUGGAUGGAUAACCAUCUAUGUAAAUGGCCCACGCUUCAGGGAACCGUUGCGCAGUACUUUGCAAAACUGAACGAGGACAUUGUGGCUAGGGACUACGACGCACCAGUUAUAUCGUUCAGCCAUUUUCUGCCUCGUGUUGAGCUCAUUCCAGCAUCAGAUGAAGAAAUGAAACGAGUCCAAGAAGAAAGGAAAAAGUCGAGCCUUCCUUCAUUAGACAAUCCCAGAGCUCAAGGAUCGCAAGUCCAGUUCAAUUUUACUCGUUUUGCAGGCUGUAAAACCAUAGAAGAGCAAAUCAGAAAGCUAGGUUCUAAGGUACACGUUCACGGUCAUCAACACAGAAAUAGGGACCGUGUUAUUGAUGAGGUGCGCUAUGUAUCCUUUUGUCUGGGCUACCCGCGGGAAAGGUCCAUGGGCGUUAUUUGGGGCCUUUCAGGAGGCAAGGGACCACGUCAAAUAUGGCCAUUAGAGGACCAAUAAGUUUAUCUAUAGUACUCGAGAGGCAGCAGUGAUGAAGGAUUGGACGUUUUGGACUGAUCUUUUUGUAACUUUUAAUUUCCCCCCAUAAUAUAAAUGUAUUGUACAGGUGACAAGAAUAUAGAAAAUCGUCAUUUUAGAGAUAUUUUCUUGAUUUACCACCAAAUUUUAUUUUCGGAACUGACAUUCAAAGAAAUGUGUAGUAGACUGUUCUGGAGAGUUUAUAUUUUGACAUCGAUAUCGUGGGAAAAAGGUUGAAAGUAGCAACAGAUGCGUUUUCUAGGCGUAAAGCCGUAUAUAGGACAGUGCUCUGUUUUAUUAUCAAGUAUGAUAUUUGUAAAGCUUUAACUGUACAGUAAUAUUUUUGAUAAGUUACCGUUAACUUUUCAGCGUUAGGGCUAAACGUAAUACGUAAUUAAAAAACGCUUGUUCAUUGCUAGGGAGUCAGUUGACUAACACUGGCCAACACCUUGAUCAGACUUAUAAAAUAUUGAUCUACGGGAGAUAUUACAACGGUACCAUGUUCUACGCAAAAAAAAAACUAUGAUUCGAAGAAAAGUGAAAAUUUAAAAUUGCUGACUGCAAAGUGAAUCGGAACUACCGUGAUUAAAAGAAAAGUGAAAAUUAAAAUGUUUUGGUAUAAUCUAUAAAAAUAACUUAUUUUAGUAGAUAGCUUCUUUAUCAAAGUUGUACAUCUGUUACUAUUUUCUUUGUUAGAGGACUUUGUUGACAAAUAGCUGAAACAGUUUUUGUAUGGAAAAAUUAAUUUAGACCCGAGACAUUGAACCGAAUAGCUCUUAGUUUUGAAAUAAAUUGUUUGUCUUUAUACA